UAUGUCAAAUCAUCCCUAAUCCUAAUAACCAUAAUAAUAACCUUAACAACCUUAACCAUAAGCAAGAACAGUUGCUCCAACAUAUCCAAAUACUGUCUUUCAACCAACUUAUCCAAAUGCUGUCUUACCACCAACAUAUUAUCCAGCUUCUCCAGUUAGAUAAUCUUAUGUUGCUCCUGUUUAAUAUGCACCAGUGGCCUAAAUGCCUGUUGCUCCUAUUGCCUCUGUUCCAGUUUAAUAAUAUGCUGUUGCACCUGUUGCUCCAGUUGCUUAAGUAAAUUUUGAAUUUAUUCUUAGCAUUAAUCAAUCAAAGGAGAAUCAAGAAUUGAAUAUGUACCUUAUUAAAAAGCUGUUAUUGAAUAUGAAGAAUAAGAAAUCGUCUCCUAUGUUCCAAGAGAAACUAAAGUGACUGAUUAUUAUGCUGUUGAAUAUCAAACAGAAUAUAUCCCCUAAGUUUUUCAAGAGAAAUAUACCGGUAAUUUUAAUAUUUAUAUAUAUAAUAGAGUAUGUACCUGUUGAUAGAUAUUAAGAAAGAGUUGAAUACUAUCCAGUAGAAAGAUAAGUAGUACAUUAAUAACCUACAUAAUAUGUUUAAUAAGCUGUUUCUGUAGUUUAACAACCAUAUGUCUAAUAAUCUGUUUAAUAUGUCUAAUAACCAGUUUAAUAUGUUUAAUAACCUGUUUAAUAUGCCUAAUAACCUUUGAUUGCAUCUAGAAUGGUUCCCUAAUUUGCAUAACCACUUCAAUAAUAUCCUUCUGCUCCUGUAGCUAGACCUUAACAACCAUCAUAAUAACCACAAUAAUCCCAUUAACCAUCCCAUCAACCAUCCCAUUAACCAUAAUAAGUACAAUCUCAGUAGCCAAGAUCAUAAUAAAGCUAAUAGUAAUAGUCAUAAUAACCAUGA